CAGUUUCGUUCUCUUCCGCUUUCGUCACCUUGGCCAGGGGAUCUACCUAGCGUAACGCACCUUGACUUACGCGUCCCACGCCACAAAUACUUGGCGCUCCGCAUAAAUUGAAGCUCGCCGGUCGCGGAGGCUGUAAAUUAUGCACCGUGCCGGCGCAUGGAGAUAGGCUACGUCUCGUCUAGCGCGCAAGAUCUCGCUUCCUCUUCUUAUUCUUCCCCUUCCUCCUCUUCCUUGCCCGCUGGCUUAGCAUCCAUGCCCACCCGCGCCGUUAAAAUCAUUCCGUUGCAGCAUCCGGAAACGACGUCGUUCGCCGGAGAUUCUUCGGUUUGGUCUAAUGCUCUGUUCUCUGGAUGGGUCUCCAAGAUUAAGCGGAUGACGGCUGUUGAGUGGAUCGACCUGUUCCUCCCUUGCUGCCGGUGGAUUCGUACCUACAAAUGGCGGGAGUACUUGCAGCUCGAUCUCAUGGCUGGUAUCACCGUCGGUGUCAUGCUCGUCCCGCAGGCAAUGUCAUAUGCAAAAUUAGCUGGACUUCAACCAAUAUAUGGGUUAUAUUCUGGUUUUGUGCCAAUAUUUGUUUAUGCUAUAUUUGGGUCCUCUCGCCAGCUUGCUAUUGGUCCGGUGGCAUUGGUUUCUCUUCUGGUAUCCAAUGUUUUAGGUGAAAUUGUUGACUCAUCUGAUGAAUUAUACACAGAACUUGCAAUUUUGUUGGCACUUAUGGUUGGAAUCCUGGAAUGCAUGAUGGGCCUCUUGAGGCUUGGAUGGCUCAUUCGUUUCAUCAGUCACUCUGUGAUUUCUGGCUUCACAACAGCUUCAGCCAUCGUGAUUGCAUUAUCCCAAGUGAAGUAUUUCUUGGGGUAUGAUGUUGUAAGGAGUAGCAAGAUUGUGCCAUUAAUUAAGAGCAUAAUAUCUGGAAUAGAUAAGGUAAAUUUUACUAGUCAAAGUGGGAAAUCUUUUCUGGUAGUGUGUUGAUUCAUUGAUUAAACAGAAUUUCAUAACUUGCAUUUAAAAUCAACUCUGUUGAUAUGUCAUAGUUAUACAGAUCAAUAAUAUUCCAAGAAAGAAAAUAACUGAACAAAGUAAGAACAAGAAAAUUGGCGUUUCCUAUUUUGCAAGGAUAAAUUGCAAAUGAGAGGUAAUAAAUCAAAAGUUAUAUACAGUGGCAAUUGUUUUAGUAUACUAAUAAGGGGAAAGAGAAGUAAAUCUGAAGAAUCAUUUUAAUUCUCAUUUAUUUUUAAUUCCUUGUAAGAAAGUGCAGCAUACACA